AUGAAGGCUGAUUCUGCUGUAUCACCCAGCCCUGGUAAACGCAAACGUCGAUCAACGGUCAAAGACGAACCAGACACCCCUGGUAGCCCCCUCCGCCGCUCGACCCGUGCCCGCAAGCCUGUCCUUCCGACCGCAGAAGUGUCGUCAGCCGAGGAGACCCAAACCCCCAAAAAGCGGCGCAAGCGCAAGACUGACGAGCCGGUGACGUAUAUCAUACCCGAUGUCGAGCGGCGAGAGACGGCAUUCCGCGGUCGACUGGGGUACGCGUGCCUCAACACCGUGCUCCGCGCAGGUGGGCAAGGGGUGGAGCCUGUCUUCUGCAGCCGCACCUGUAGGCUGGAGACCUUGAGGCAGAAAGGAGUGGAGUUUGUUAAGGAACUAGCGCUGAAGAACGUCGAGGAUCUGGAGAAGAUGAUCCAGUGGAACGAGGAGAACAAGAUACAGUUCAUGCGCGUCUCCUCGGAUAUGUUCCCUUUCGCCUCUCACGCCCAACACGGCUACUCGCUCGACUUUGCCGACUCUGCACUCCAGCGUGCUGGGGAGCUGGCAAACCAAUACGGUCAGAGGCUGACGAUGCACCCAGGGCAGUUUACGCAGCUUGGUUCACCUAAGCCCGGGGUCGUCGAGGCUUCUGUAAGGGAACUGGAGUACCAGUGCGAGGUCUUGGACCGCUUGAGACAGGGAAGGGACGGGGUGAUGAUCAUUCAUAUGGGAGGGGUGUAUGGGGACAAGGAGGGCACGAUCGAGCGGUUUAAGAGCAACUACCGGAAGCUUGGGGAGAGGGUUAGGCAGAGACUGGUGCUGGAAAACGACGAGCUGUGCUACAACUUAGAAGAACUCCUGCCUGUGUCGGAGGAACUGGGCUGCCCGCUCGUCCUGGAUUGGCACCAUGAUUGGAUCUAUCCUAGCUCACAGACCCCGGUAGAGCUCCUCCCGCGGAUAAACGCCGUCUGGCAGCAAAAGUCCAUCAAGCCCAAACAGCACCUCUCCGACCCCCGGCCCGGCGCCGUAACAGCAAUCGAGAAACGCGCGCAUGCCGAUCGCUGCGAACGGAUCCCCGAGGGGGUACCGAUAGAUAUGGACCUGAUGAUCGAGGCGAAGGAUAAGGAGCAGGCGGUUUUCUAUUUGUGGAGGGUUUAUGGGUUGGAGGAACCGGUGUGGGAGAACUUGAGGCCUGCGGCGGAGGAGCAGGAGUUGGCGACUAAAGGAAGGAAAGCGAGAGUGAGGAGGUGA